GAGAGAGAGAGAGAGAGAGAGAAGGGGUGUGGUGCCUUUGGGGCUUCUGCACCUAUCCAUCUCUCCAACACCUCCUUCAAAUCAGUCCCGAUUCCUACCGAGUUCAGAGCCGCGCGGCUGCCUAGAAGGAAAGCCGAAGGCAGAGAGAGCCGGGAAGCUCUCUGAUCUCGCUCCCGGGACGAACAUCAGACGGCAGUUCUACCAAGCCGAGGGAGGGGAACCCCGCUCGCCCGUCGCCGCUAGAGACAGCAGAGCUGAACCCAGCUGCAGCUUCCCCCGAAAGGUCAGGAGCCGCACAGCAGCGGCCGGCCGGAGCCAGGGAGCAACUCCGGAGAGACCGAAUCGCUCCCCCCCCCUCUGCAAAGCGGCAGAGCCCGAGCGCGAACCGUCAGCGGGAAGGCGAAGAGCAGCGGCGAGAGCUUCCGCCCCCCCCCCAACCUAACCGAGGAAGGGCGAGCCUGGGCAGAGCUGAAAAGCCGGCGAGGGCGGUUCAAGGAGAGCUCUGCCGCUUGUUAGCUGAAGAUGCUGCUGCUGCUCCCGCUGUGGCUGUUGCUGCCGGAGCUGGCUCUCCUGGCGCCGGCUCAGAAAUUUUCAGCGCUGACGUUUUUAAGAGUGGAACAAGACAAAGACAAAGAAUGUAGUCUGGAAUGCACAGGUUCCCCUCAAAAGUCAUUGUGUGCUUCAGAUGGCAGGACUUUCUUGUCUCGAUGUGAGUUUCUACGGGCAAAAUGCAAAGAUCCUCAGCUAGACAUUGCCUACAGGGGAAACUGCAAAGAUGUUUCACGAUGUGUGGCGGAGAGGAAAUAUACCCAAGAACAAGCACGCAAGGAGUUCCAGCAAGUAUUCAUUCCGGAAUGCAACGAUGAUGGCACUUACAGCCAGGUUCAGUGCCACAGUUACACAGGCUACUGUUGGUGUGUCACCCCUAAUGGUCGUCCAAUCAGUGGUACAGCUGUAGCACAUAAAACUCCACGUUGCCCAGGGUCUCUAAAUGAGAAACUGCCACAGCGUGAAGGCACAGGAAAAACAGUCUCCUUGCAAAUCUUUUCCAUUCUGAAUUCAGAUGAUGCCUCAGCUCCUGCACUGGAGCCUCAGCCUCAAGGAGAUGAAGAAGAUAUAGCUUCUCGCUACCCUACAUUAUGGACUGAGCAAGUAAAGAGCAGACAGAAUAAGACCAAUAAAAAUUCUGCAGCGUCAUGUGAUCAAGAGCUCCAGUCAGCAUUAGAAGAAGCGAAACAGCCCCAGAAAGAUAAUGUAUUCAUUCCAGAGUGUGCUAAUGGUGGGCUUUAUAAACCAGUACAGUGUCACCCCUCCACAGGAUAUUGUUGGUGUGUCCUUGUUGAUACAGGACGACCUAUCCCUGGUACAUCCACAAGAUAUGAACAGCCAAAGUGUGAUAACAGUGCUAGAGCUCACCCAAGCAACACAAGAGACGUGUUCAAAGGGCGCCCACUGCAAGGUUGUCCUGGUGCCAAAAAGAAUGAAUUUCUGACCAGUGUUCUAGAUGCACUUUCCACAGAUAUGGUGCAUGCUGUCUCUGAUCCUGCAGUGUCUUCCAGCAGGCUUUCAGAACCAGAUCCAAACCAUACUCUGGAGGAAAGAGUUGUUCAUUGGUAUUUUAAGCAACUAGAUAAAAAUGCCAGUGGCGACAUUGGCAAAAAAGAAAUCAAACCUUUUAAGAAAUUCCUGAGGAAAAAAUCCAAGCCCAAAAAAUGUGUGAAAAAGUUUGUGGAAUACUGUGAUGUGAACAAUGACAAAUCUUUGACAGUUCCAGAACUAAUGGGUUGUCUAGGUGUAACAAAAGAAGACAAUAAAGCAGACACAAAGAAACGCCAUGCAAUUCCCAGAAGACAUGCUGAAAGUACUCCUUCUAACAGGCAGCCAUCCUCAAAGAAGCAAGGCUGAACACUUCCUAUCCAAGGCAAAUCUCCCGGACAUGUGGGAGACUCCCUCACCAAAGGUCAAUAAAGAGCAACCAUAGUAUUUGCACUUUGUACUUUAAAUGUAAAUUCACUUUGUAGAAAUGAGAUAUUUAAACAGACAUUUUUAAAAAAAAAUCUGUGAAAAUGUAGUAACAGCUUAUUUUAAACAAUUACCACAUACAAUGUAUGUGUCUUUUUUUGUUGUCUGAAAUCUAUAUGUCUUGGAGAUGUAAAAGUUUGCAUUUAAUCUGUUCUGAAAAGAAUAAUGUUCUGUCUUGUAGAAGCUAGCCUUAUAGUAUGUAUAUGUGUUUGUGUGCGCAUACAUACCUUUAUACACAUACACACAUACACAUUUUCAAUAGAAUUGCUUAUUUUUAUGUAACCGUUAAUAUUAUUGAACCAGCUUGAUCUGAAGUCUACUGAGUCACGAAGUUGCAUAAUCUAUGCUUGAGGUUGCAUGUUUUUAAAGCCACAGAAAAGAUUAAAAAGUGUUGGUGAUUUAUGCACCUUAUCUAAGAACAGAGAUUUUAAGAAAUGUGUAGGGUGUUUUUAUUGAAAAGAUGAAUACCUUUUCUUAAAGAUACAGUUGUACAGCUAGACUGCAAUCACACUAGUUUGUAAAAAAAAAAAAACAUAAUUUUGUCUUCUUCUAUUUCCUAUAAUUUCUAGAGGGCAGGAGUAUAUGUUUAUUUUAGUUUCUAUCAUUUUGUUUUGGGAUGGUUUAAUCCAGGGGUCUUCCAACUCAGCCCUUUGAUGACUCAUUGACUUCAACUCCCAGAAUCCCUCAGCUGGGCAUGUUGGCUGAGGAAUUCUGGGAGUUGAAGUCAGCCAGUAAAGGGAAAGAAAGUUCAUUCUGUCACUGGGAGCUGAUUCUGUUAAGCCACAGAAUAGCAGUAAAAGGACACAUUUGUUUAGCACUGUCAGUGUAAUUGUAAGGAGUAAGUAAGUAAGUAAAACAGGCUUGUCUGUCAUCGCUGCUUCUUACAAAGAGACAGGCUAAGAUACGCAACUUAGGAGCCCCAAGUCUUAUGAAGUUAAAACCUAUAACUUGGACAAAUUAUGUACAGUUACGGUAAGGAGAUGAAAUUAGGCCAAGCUCUCCCUUGGGGUAUUUUUCUUGCCACCUGGGAGAUGAUCUUACAAGUUUUCAUACCUUUCCUUCCGAUCUGUUGGAGGUAGGAUAUUUCAGUUCAUUUCUAGAAUACCUUAAAGGAACAAGAAUGUGUAGAUGUGUCCUUCAUACCAAAAGAACAAAGAAUCUUUUUAAAAACUUUACCUUUUCAAUUUUGGAGAGGUUUUAGCCAAAGAGACCAAAUGGAUAAAAUAACUGAUUGUAUAUACGGUAUUAAGAAAGUAAAUAGGGUAGCUGUGAUUGUUAAAAGUGACCAAUAUUCUUUUCAAUUCAUUAACAGAAGUUUGCUAGAUAAUAUGUAGAAUAGCUUUUGGUGAUUGUGUUCUCAUUUUGUCUCUAUAUUGUAUUUAUAUUUGCAUUUAAAAUUGCCUAAUAAUGUGUGACUGGAUGACUUUAUUCAGAUUCAAUUUGAGCAAUAUAAAAUGAGUUUUUAUCCAGACGUUUGGGCAUAAGGAGAUAACCAUAUGCAUAGGAAUGUUUAUGUUUUUUUUAAAAAAAAAACUUUUCUCACUUAGAAUUUGAUACUUUUUUAUAAUGCUAAACUUUGAAUUUAAACAUUUUAGAUUAAAAAUAUAGUGUGCUAUGAAGUGUUUUUUAUUGUCUGCAACUCAUAUAACUUUAUAUAUUUACUUGAUUCUUAACAGAUCAGUCGAUGCACAUUCUGUUUCCACAUAAUAUUAUACCUGUUUUUUUUUAAUGAACAACAAAGAUUCAAGACCUAAUGUAUGGAAUAGGCAAAUAUUUGAUACAAUCAUCUAAGUAACCAAUUGUGAAUUUUAAUAUAUAUUAGAGAUUGACAAAUACUGGAUUUCCAUUAACUGAAAAAAAUAGUAAAAUUCCACACCACACAUGUUCCUAGUAACACUUGUUGCAGAUGGUUGUGUGAAUUUAGAUUAAUAUGAGACACACAGAUUAACACAGAAUAAGCAGAGAUAUAACUCUAUUUUGUCACAAAUUGCUUUAGGAAUUAUCCAUUUCAACAUUUCAAAAUGUACCUAUAGUUGUAUAUAGCUGUGUAGUUAAAAGACAGUCUACAAAUGGAAAUAAGAACAAAAGCAAAGCAGUUUUGUAAUUAGAGUCGGGGAAAGAAAAAGACAUUAGAAUUCAAUUACCAAGCCCCAAAGGGUUCAAAAGUUUUGGCUAGGCAGUUCUGGGUGAUCAGAGCUGAUCAGGAAUGAAAUUUCAAUCAAUUGUAAAUAUUUUUCUAUCCUUACCAUGAUUGUCAGCAUGAGCUGCAUUGAAAUUAAAAUAUCACUAAGACAGAAUGAGGUUAAAUGAGUUUUAAAAUAUAUGAGCAAACAGGAGGAAGAAAACAUAAGAAGACUGCUAACAGAUUUCUUGUGCUAAAGGAAACAAAUUAAAGAUAUCUAAAUCUGGCAAGAUGACUCAACUCGGCAUUUCCCAAAGAUGUUUGGCUCUUUAUAGUCUGCCAGGAAAGACAGAUUAAUGCUGAUUACUCCUUGACAAAGGCAAUUUAGAAAUACACCUGACAUAUUUACAUUUGGAUAUUAUGCAGUUAGAGCAACUUAUAUUAAAACUGGUGUCAAAAAAAUUCCUUCAAUGUAGAGAGUGAAAGGUUUAUUGCGCUGGCUUAAUUUUUUUUAAAAGAAAACAAAUUGAUGUAAUUAGGGAAUAAUUACUUCAACAUUAAAUGCAAACAAGUUAACCUCAUUGAUGCCUGAAACAUUAGACUGAUUACAGUAAACGACUGAUGUAAACUGUACUCACUGUCCCAAUAUCUUAUUGCAUUUUUCUUAACCAAAAGCAUAUGUGGAAGGCAUUCAACAAACAGAACAACUUAGUUUUCUUUCUCUGUCAAAAGCCCUUCUGGGUUGUUGAUCUGUGUGAUGCUGGCCUCCCUAAAUAAAUGCCAAGAAAUGCUUAGAGAAAUGGAUGCUGCUUUUGGACCACUGCCAGCCAGUACUCAAUGGUACUUCGUGGACUACCAAGUCCAGAGACUUAUUGUUCCCUUUAUUCCCUGCACUUCUCCCUUCCUCAAAUAAAAACAAUCUUCUUAAAUUUCCUAAUAUGUAAACAACCAGAUGAAGCCUUACUGAACAACCAAGAGAAGACAAAUGUCUAUUUUCUUAUUAUUGCUUCAUUACUCAUUACAGUCAGCCAUGCACUACUAAGCUAUUUGUACAAUAGGCAUUUUUACAAAAUCUGUAAGUUCGGUGGUUAGACAAGUAGUAGAGAAGCUGGUGGGACUCAACCAAAUAUUAGCUAGUUGUUAUUUGGAAAAACUCAAGUGACUUCACCUGUGCUGGAAGUCCUAUGUUAGUUUCCAGUUUGUUUUCAGAUAUGAAGUGGUGCUUCUUACCUUUAAAGGCUACUAUGGCUUAGCCCAAUUUGUCCAAAUAAUGUGUUCCACAUAACCCUUCUCCUUCCAAUUAUGACUUUCUGAGGAUGUUAAUCCUUUGUUCUUGCAAAUUAAUUUCAUAACCAUUUAGGGUUGAUCCUUUCCUUGCAGCUUUUGGAAUGAACUCUAUUAAUUUGAGGAUGCUCACUCAUUUUUUUCAAAUAGGUAGGUCUUUAAUUGCUGAUUAUACUGAUUUUAACAUUGAUUUAAUAAUUGUACUGUAAACCACUGAUAAACUUUAAUAACUGGUAGAAUUUAAUAAAUACAUCUAUAUUCCUUC